CUUUUUGCAAUGUAUUUUGUAACGAAAACGUUUCAAUUUUCCAAAUUGACCGUUUGGUAACUUUCGGCCCGGUUGGCAGCGCGUAAAAACGUGACGUGGGGUUGUAUUCCAAGAAAAGCUCCAGGAAAACGUUUUUCACAGGUAAAAAUAAUGUUUGACCAUUCAAUUAGAGUGCCCCGAUUGUACAAAACUGCCUCAAAAAUCGCAAAGGAAGUGAGUUCGGGUAAAGGCAGCAUCAAACAGCUCGUCUACGAAUGUAAACAUCCCAAUAUUAAAGCUUUGUACGCGUUAAUUGUUCACACGUUUCAAAAGUCUGCCCAUAUUGAGAAAUUAAUCAAAAAAUCAAAACUUUUAAUCAAAGAGCCGAGAUUUGACCCCUGGUUGGCGAAAGUCCUAAUCACUGAGUUGUUGUGGGGUAAACAACGGCUCUCAGGGCAGUCUAAGCCGGUCCAAACGAUUUUGGCGUAUGAACAAGUUUUGAAAGCGCACCUGAGCGAUGUUUCUGAUGAUGUGGAGGAAGUAGAGCAAGUUGAAAAACCGCGAUACGUCCGCGUGAAUACUCUCAAAAUCACCGUAAACGAAGCUAUUGAGGGCUUUCGAGAAGAAGGUUGGGUUUUAAAAAGAUACACAGACAGUGAGAAUUACUUGGGUUUUCUGGAAGCUGUGUCAAACCUAGGCUCUAACGAAUUCAUGGUUGAUUUACACAUUCCGUAUUUACUAAUUUUCCCACCGAAAACCGAGUUUUACCAACAUGCUGCGUACAAAAACGGCAGUAUAAUUUUACAAGACAAGGCCAGUUGUCUUCCUGUGCAUAUUCUCGAUCCUCAACCUGGGACAUCAAUUCUGGACAUGUGCGCAGCACCUGGGAUGAAAACCACUCAGUGUGCUGCUCUUAUCGAUAAUAUAGGGAAAAUCUAUGCCGUUGAAAUCGGCACAAAGAGGUUCCACACUUUGGAAAAAAUUGUCGAAUCUUCGGGGGCUUCGUGUGUGGAGCCGAUUAACUCCGAUGUGUUACAACUAACCGCACAACAGUACCCCGAUAUUGACUAUAUUUUAGUAGACCCCAGUUGUUCAGGCUCAGGUUUAACCUAUCGAGUCGAAACCGGACAACAGGCCCAAGACCAACACACAGAGCGCAUAGAGCGGUUGGCUGGUUUCCAAAUUAAAAUUCUGAGACAUGCGUUGUCUAAAUUUCCCAAAGUUAAACGAGUCGUGUAUUCGACUUGUUCCGUAUAUGCAGAAGAAAACGAAGACGUCGUCAGGCAAGUCUUAGAGACUUGCAAUAGGUUUAAACUGGUUCCUGCUGACCAGUUUUUGGGUAAAAAAUGGUACAAUUUUGGUUCGUCCGAAUUUGGGGAUUUGGGGAAAUUUUGUUUAUAUGCCAAACCCGACAUAGACCUGACUAGUGGAUUUUUCGUUGCUGUGUUUGAAAGACUAGAAGAUGGCGAAACUAAUCAGUUUUUGAAUGCGCAAUUAUUUGAAGAAAAAAUGCGCAUUGUAAGUUUGCUGAAUAAAGGGAAAACUGAAAAUCUGCAAGAGGAGAAACAAAUGGUUGAAGAAACUGACCAAAAAAGACACAUAAAAGAAGAGACGGAAGAAGUAAAAGAUAUGAACGUAAAAAGUGAAACUAGUGAUGAAGGUAAAAAAAGUAAGAAGAAAAAGAAACAUAAAAGUGCUGAAGUUACCGACAGUCUGGACAUUAAAAAAGAAACGGGUGAUGGUUUUGUUAAAAAGAAGAAACUUGACAACAAAGAAGAAAUCUUAAAAAUCAAGAAAGAAGAAAGUGAAAUUAACAAGAAUGUUGACAUUAAAACGGAGACAAAAUCUAAAAAGAAGAAAAAUCGUGAUGUUGAUGCUUCGGAAAAUCAGAAUGAAGCUGAAAGUAAACUGGAUAUUAAAGGAGAAUUAGAUGAGGGUAGAAAUGGCAAAAAGAAGAAGAAGAAACAUAAACACAGUGGUGAAAGUUUGGAAACCAAGAAAGAAGAAUCCGAACCAAGAGAAGAUCUGAACGUGGCCACCGAAACAGACGAUGGUGAAGGGUCUAGAAAGUUAAAAAGGAAGAAAAAACAUAGGGGAGUUAAGACAGAAAACUGUGAAGAAAUGAAAGAAGUGAUCAUAAAAAGAGAAACAAAUGAUGAUAAAGCUAUAACGUCAAAAAAGAAGAAGAAACUGAAAAAGCCGGACGAUAAUGUAACUAUAGAAAAUACCUGUGAAGAAGAUAUAAAAAUUAAAACAGAAAGAGGUGAAAAAAGUAGAAAAAAGCAUAAAGAUGUUAACAAGUUGGACGCUGAUGGUGAAUUUUUUGACCAAAAGAAGAAGAAGGGAGAUGAAUCUAUGGUUAAACCCGAGGAAAACAGCGAUGAAAGUGUACCAAAAAAGAAGAAAAAGAAGAAAGACAGAGUUGAUGAAAACCGGGGAGGAAGUGACAAUAAUUUUUUUGACGCUUUUGAUUAAACAAUGUUCCACUUUGGAAGAAGUUUGUGAAUUAGUUUUUUAUUAUUUUGUUUUUGCUAAUAAAAUGUUCCAUUUUGA